AUGGCCGCAAUUCUCAAACUCACCCGCAAAUAUCCUCAGUUCCAACAACAAGAAAUCUUUGGGCUACAAGAUGCCUUUCGUAAACUGGAUAUCGACGAUAAAGGCUACCUCGACGAAGCUACCGUCAUCAAGGCAACUCAGCAGUCUGAAGGGCAGUCUUACGAUGUGGUCCGGCAAGCUUUGAAGGAGGUGGAACUCGACAGCUCGAGACGUGUCGAACUAGAAGACUAUGUCGAUCUGAUCGCCAAAGUCCGAGAUUCGUCACCUGCUCAACAGCGAGCUGCCUCUGGUCCGCAGAGACCCGGCGCAGGCAAUGGUCUCCCCAAUUCACCGAGACACGGGCAAAAACCUAGCCUAGGAGGUGGUCCCGCUGGAAAGAUUCAGGUGCAAGGCUCUUCUGCUAAUGUUACCCAUACGAUCAACGAGGAAGAACGCACUGCCUUCACCACACAUAUCAAUGCUGUCCUUGCCGGCGAUGCCGACAUUGGUCAUCUGCUGCCCUUUCCCACCGAUACCUUCGAAAUGUUUGAUCACUGCAAAGACGGCCUUGUGCUCUCUAAGCUUAUCAACGACAGCGUGCCCGACACAAUUGAUGAGCGUGUUUUGAACAAGGCUGGCAAAAAGAUCAAAUCUCUGAAUGCAUUCCACAUGACUGAAAACAACAACAUCGUUAUCGAGUCUGCCAAGGGUAUCGGCUGCUCGGUUGUCAAUAUCGGGAGUGGAGACAUUAUCGAAGUCCGAGAGCAUCUUAUCCUGGGUCUCAUCUGGCAGAUUAUUCGAAGAGGUCUAUUGGGCAAGAUUGAUAUCAAGCUGCACCCCGAGUUAUAUCGCCUUCUCGAGGAUGACGAAACUCUGGACCAGUUCCUGCGCCUUCCUCCUGAGCAGAUCUUGCUCAGAUGGUUCAAUUAUCACCUGAAGAAUGCCGGUUGGCAAAGAAGGGUUGCCAACUUCUCGGGGGAUGUGAAGGAUGGCGAGAACUACACUGUCCUGCUCAAUCAAUUAAAGCCGGAUAUCUGUUCUAGGGCACCAUUGCAAACCAGAGAUUUGCUUGAACGUGCAGAGCAGGUCCUACAAAAUGCCGAGCGAAUCGAGUGCCGGAAAUUCCUUACUCCCACCGCCCUUGUUGCUGGAAACCCUAAGCUCAACUUGGCCUUCGUUGCCAACCUGUUCAACACGCACCCAGGCCUAGAUCCACUUGAAGAAGGAGAGAAGCCAGAGAUCGAAGAUUUCGAUGCUGAGGGCGAACGCGAAGCUCGUGUCUUCACCCUUUGGCUCAACAGUUUGGAUGUUCAACCGACUGUCAAUUCGUUCUGGGAUGAUCUCCGCGACGGCAAUGUCCUUCUCCAAGCCUAUGACAAAGUCAUUCCUGGCAGCGUGAACUGGCGACACGUAAACAAGCCACCUGCGCAUGGUGGCGAGAUCUCUCGAUUCAAGGCUGUUGAGAAUACCAACUACGCCGUCGAAUUAGGAAAACAGAACCGGUUUUCACUCGUGGGUAUCCAGGGUGCAGAUAUCACUGACGGGCAGCGAACAUUAACACUCGGUCUCGUGUGGCAGCUCAUGCGACGUGACAUUAUAAGUACAUUGUCUGGCCUCGCGCAACGGAUGGGCAAGCGCGAGCUAUCAGAUGCCGACAUCAUCAAAUGGGCAAAUCAAACCGCUCAAAAAGGCGGAAAGAACUCCCAGAUCCGCACCCUCAAGGACCCUGCCGUGACGAGCGGCAUCUUCCUUCUCGAUGUCUUGAACGGAAUCAAAGCCAACUAUGUCGACUACGAUCUCGUGACCCCUGGCAAGACACCCGACGACGCCUACGCCAAUGCCAAGUUGUCCAUCAGUAUUGCCAGAAAGUUGGGUAAGCAUUCACUUCAUUUUUAA